AUGUCACGACGCUCGGGUCCUCUCGCACCAGGUGUGGCUCUCAUCACAGGCGGCGCCCGCGGUUUGGGUAACGCCAUCGCCGUCUCGUUUGCUAAAGAAGGUGCUCGGGGCGUUGCCAUUGUCGACAUCCAAGAUGAUGCCACAUUCGCAGAAGGCAAGAAGACCGUGGAAGACAUUGGCUGCGAGUGCCUCACCAUACGCGCCGACGUCACCAAAGAAGCCGACAUGGAGCGCGCCGUCGCCGAAGCAGUCGCUAAAUUCGGCCGCAUCGACUACGCCGCCAACUUCGCCGGCGUCAUCGGCCCCGUCAAGCCCUUAUCCGAGACCAAACUCACCGACUGGCAGAAGACGCAAGACGUAAACAGCACGGGCAUCUUUCUCGCCACCAAAUACGAACUGCGCCAAAUGAUGCAGCAGUCCAGUAUCGAGGGCAUUGAGGAAGGCCGCGUCCCGCAACGCGGCAGCAUCAUAAACUGCGCUUCCGUCAACAGCCUUCUCGCCUAUCCCGGCACCACUGCCUACACGGCAUCGAAGCACGCCUGCUCCGGCAUCACAAAGGCAGCGGCGCUGGAAGGGAGAAAGCAGAGGGUUAGGGUGAAUGCUGUCAGUCCAGGGUUCUUGCUUACGAAGAUGUUGGAGCCGCUUGUGAAGGACGAGGCGCACUUGGAGGCUGGGGAGGCGAUGUGGAGAAGUUUUGUGGAGAGGCAGGGACGGGAGGCAAGGUUUGAGGAGGUGGGCGAUGUGGUUGUGUUGAUGAGUUUGCCGAGGAUGAGUUUGGUGGUGGGGCAGAAUUUAUUUGUGGAUGGGGGUUUUACUAUUAAUGAGGGGAAUGACUAG